AUGGGGCUACGUGCUUUCAUACGCAAACAAAUAAAUAACAUCUUCCUUAGGUUUGUAUAUGAGACAGAGCAUUUUAAUGGUGUUGGAGAGUUAUUGGAAAUAUUAGGAAGCAUUAUCAACGGCUUUGCUCUACCGCUGAAGUCAGAACACAAGCGAUUCCUCGUAAAGGUUCUGCUGCCACUGCACAAAGUUAAAUGUCUGUCAUUGUACCAUGCACAGCUGACAUACUGUGUGGUUCAGUUCCUUGAAAAGGAUGCCACGCUAACUGAAACUGUUGUUAAAGGGCUACUCAAGUUCUGGCCUAAAACGUGCAGUCAGAAAGAGGUCAUGUUCCUUCGUGAGAUUGGAGAACUUUUAGAUGUAAUUGAACCAUCACAGUUUGCCAAAAUUCAGGAACCGUUGUUCAAACAAAUUUCAAGAUGUGUCUCUAGUCCUCACUUUCAGGUGGCCUGUUGUGCACUGUACUUAUGGAGUAAUGAGUACAUAAUGAGCCUGACUGAGGAAAACAGCCAUGUGAUCAUGCCAAUAAUGUUCCCAGCUCUGUACCGCAUCAGCAGAGGGCACUGGAACCAAACAAUUGUGGCUCUUGUAUACAACGUGCUCGAAACCUUCAUGGAGAUGAACGGUAAGCUUUUUGAUGAGCUCACAGCUAAGGCUGAGAGACAAAAUGUGUGACUAGCAGUGUACUGUGAGGCCAGAGAGAAGAAAGUUCUUGUGUGCAGAGUGGGCAGUGUGCGCCGACAGAAGACAGUGGUUGAACUGGACAGAGAGACGGACACUUCUACAUUCAGAUAGUGAUAAGGUGACGUCGGACGGACAUCCCCUCGAGGUCUUAUUCAUGACAUUUUUGGUGCCGAAACCCAGGAAGUGGGAUACAUAUGAUACAACUCGACAUGGCGGACGCCGAACUCGGAAGACUAACGAGGAAGCGCCCCGCAGUA